UAUCAAUUUAAGUUAGUCUGCCGAUCACUUAAGAAGAUGCUCCAACUUUAUUCGCCAUUAGCCAACUCGUACAUUCAGCAUCAUUUACCAUGGACGAACUUGUACAGCGAUUACAUGCCUGUACAUGCCUGGCUGAUGUGUCGGCCUUACGUGAUGAGUUAUACGAAGACCUCGAGCCAAAUCAUCACUGCUUGAUCUUUGCCAAGAUAACGUAUUAUCUAGGACAGGAGGAGACCCUUGAUACAAACAGUACAGAUCAUGCUGUAGAUGGUAGGCCUGCACAAAGAUCCUCCACAUCUAUCGGACAGCCAAGGGUGCAUGUGACGAUCAGGGACUACAUGCAGGGCAGGCCUUCCACCAGUCGACUUCCAUCGGCCAAGCAGCAACCAGUGGCGUAGUGUGGCAUCAGCGGUGCAUCAUGUACGGCCUGAUUCCAUUCCAUGGACUACACACAGGGUGGACCCUCCACCAACGGACCCCGAUCCAAGCAAUCUGUGGCUGGUAGGACUGCGGUGACUCUAAUAGACUAGGAGGAUCAUCAUCAUCGAAUGCUGCAAGCAACAAGAGUCCUGCAAGCGAGACUCUUCCAAGAUCCGACAAUACUUUUAUAUGUACAAUGUAAGUAGAUUUAGCCAGAAACACAAGAAGUUUAGCAC